GGGUCAUUUGUGGGUGUUAGUCUAAGGAGGGAUGGAACGGGCUUGAAAAAGUUUGGCUGUCCCUGAAAUGCACCCACACGCUUCUCCCCCCCGUGCACCCGUUACGUAAAACCAGACUGUGUGUCAGUAAGAGUGUGUGCAGCAGGCAGGUCUUCGUCCUCUCCUGCGCUGCUGCUGCUGUGGAGCUUUGGAAGAGGAAGCGGUGGUCGUGUUAUUGAGCGCCCAGCAGUGGAAGUUACGCUACAGGGGUGGGACUUUCUUUCUGCAGUCGGUCGGGGGUGAGCAGCGACUCGCAGAGAAAUGCCUCUGGCAGCAUCUUUCCAGACUCCAGCGAGCAGCGGCAGAUACCUACGGACACCUCAGGGCUGAGGAUAAACACUCCUCGUCCUCUUCCUCAUACCUCCGCUCCUUUUCAUCCUCCAGCUCCAGUCUAAAGGCUCCGGAUGCGCUGAAACGGGAGGAGUGAGAACGCAGUUGCCCUCCCCUUCUCCAUCCAGGGGAUACAUAGACCGGACCGACACCGGUGUCAUUGGAUGGAGAGAGGUGCCUGAAGAAGAAGGGAGAGCGGUGGAGUUGGUCUACCCCCCUCCUCCUCCUUCCUCCCUACUGCACCAAAAGAAAACUCCGGGUUGGCUGCAGCACCAUGUCCUCGGCUCAGAGUGGGGAUAUAUCGGGCUACCAUCUGAGUGUGGUGCGUAACCCACCCGGAUGGGAGAUAGGGGUUUACCUGGUGGGCUUCUUCGUGCUGCUGGGAGUAGCUGGGCUCAACAUCUGGAAGCUGUGGAAGUCUGGAACCUUCCCCACACCAUCCCCUUUCCCCAACUUUGACUAUCGAUAUCUGCAAGAAAAAUAUGGAACCUCCUUCUCAGAAGUCAGACAAAAGAGAGUUGCAGCCAAUAACCACCGACGGACCUCCGCCACCUCCAGCCGCAAGCCCAGCCUGGCCCUUGGCGACACCCCAGAUGGCUUCAGGGACCUGGGCCACCUGGAGCUGAUGAGCAAGGAGCUGGACCCAACUGGCAUGGCCCAGCUCAACCGAUCCAUCUCCACUGACUCGCUCAGUUCCAUCUCUUCCAUCGCCAACAACUUUGGCCAUGACUUCACGGUCGGCCAGCUGGAGGUGACACUUGAGUUUGAGCUAUCCAGGCAGCAGGGAGUGGGAACCCUCCACCUCACUCUGCACCAGGGCAAAGACCUGUUGGAGAAGGAGGAGGGAGACUUCCCUGGCUGUUUCAUCAGAGUCUCCCUGGGGCCAGAGGAGCUUAAUGUGGGAGUCACAAGGGUCCAGACAAAUGCAUUCACCGUGAUUUUUGAUGAGCGCUUCUCCAUCCCCAUGGACUUGUCCACUCUAGAGGAGUAUAGUCUGCGCUUCGCUGCCUUUGGCAUUGAUGCCGAUGAGAGGAACAUCAGUGCAGGGGUAGCAGAGCUCAAGCUGUCGGACCUGGACCUGACCAUCAGACCAUUCAAUGCCUGGCUCUACCUUCAAGAUGUCAAUAAGGCUGUGGAUGCAGUCGGCGAGAUCCUGUUGUCUCUCAGCUACUUGCCGACAGCAGAGCGCCUCACUGUGGUUGUGGCCAAGUGCAAGAAUCUGGUGUGGACCAAUGGCAAGAACACUGCAGAUCCGUUUGUGAAAGUUUAUCUUCUGCAAGAUGGCAGGAAGAUCAGCAAAAAGAAGACUUCCACCAAAAGGGACGACACAAACCCCAUCUUCAACGAAGCGAUGAUAUUCUCUGUGCCAUCUGUCGUCCUGCAGGAGCUCUCCCUGAGGGUGACAGUGGCGGAGGCCGUAGAUGAUGGCCGGGGCGAGAAUCUGGGUCACGUAAUCAUCGGCCCCGAGGCCAGUGGGAUGGGUAUCACCCACUGGAACCAGAUGCUGGCCACUCUGAGGAAGCCCGUGUCCAUGUGGCACCCUCUGCGCAGGAUCUAGUCCUCUCUGCCCUUGUUCAUACCUGACCAGUUUCAAGUAAAAUAUACACUUGUUCAUGUUUCUUUCAACUGAUCUCAUUUGGUACCAUCUGUUGGAGUUAUAGUGAGAUGAGAGUUCACGCUGUCCCCUACAAGAGCACACUGUAUCUAGUACAGUAUGUAUCGCUUUGUUGGCACAGUUUCUGGUGAGUGACAAAUUGGAGUAAAAACCUAUCUUCAUGUAAUGAGGAGGAAUCCAAAAAGUCCGUUCUAACUCGGUGUAUCAUUGAUCCCUGGAUCAGUUAUAUGCCUGAAUUGUGUCUUUAUUAUUUGGUUUCACUUUGGCUUGGGUGCAUUAUGGGGUGUAGGAAGCAGCAGGCCAUGUCCCAAAUGACCAAAACUGGCUACAUUAACAACCCGUGCUUUUGGCUCCAGCAACAGCAAAGAAGACAUGUGGGUACUUGUUCCCGUCUUGAUCAGAAAUUUCAUUUUGGAGUUU